GUUAAACGACGGGUAUGAAGCAGAAUUCAUUGAAAGCUUUGUUGGAGAAAUGGAGUCAAAGUUGCUUGAUAAAUCAGCAUCUAGUCUUGGCAGGUUAAUUGGAAUUGAACCAAAAUUAGAUAAAUUGGAGUCAAUCGUGGAAAGUGAAUCAAAAGGAGAUGGGUUUAUAGGAAUAUGGGGCACAGGAGGUGCAGGGAAAACAACUCUUGCUAGAGCCUUUUAUGAGCGAAAGCGCAGAAACUUUGAGAAUCAUUGUUUUCUUCCUAAUAUUAGAGAGGCAUGUGAAAAAGAUCGUUUGAUUUCAUUGCAAAGAAAACUUCUUUUUUCUUUAGAUAAAAGGAGUAUGGAAGUGACUGAUUCUUAUGAAGGAAUGGAGUUAAUAAAAAGCAAGUUGACCAACAGAAAAAUUCUACUUGUCCUUGAUGAUGUGAAUCAUAUUGAGCAACUUGAAAAUUUCACUCCAAGGCAAGGAUGGUUCAGCAAAGGGAGCAUAAUAGUGAUAACAACAAGGGAUAAGCAUUUGCUAUCAUCAUAUGGUGUAUCUGAUAGUGCUAUAUAUGACAUUGAAUUCUUGACUGAUAGUGAGUCCCGUGAACUUCUCAUUCAAAAUGCCUUUAAAGAAGGGCAACCUGAUGAAAAUUUUUUGAAACUUGCUACAAACGUCAUUGAAUAUGCUGGAGGCCUUCCUUUAGCAAUCAAAGUGUUAGGUUCAUUUCUUUGCAAAAGGAAGAUAGAGGAAUGGGAAUAUGCACUGGCUAAGUUCAAGAACUAUCCUCCAGAGGACAUUUCGAAGAACUUGAAGUGA